AUGGAGAAUUUGAAUAAUAUAAAAAUAUUUUUAAAAUCACUAGAUAAUGCAACAUCUCAAUACGAAUCAUCAUUAACUCCCAUACUAUCAAAAUCAAUAGAUGAACAAUUAGCCACUAUAACAAAUCCAAAAGAUAAAAUAAAUUUCUUAAAUCAUUAUCAAUAUAUUUUAGUUUCAACAAUAUAUUCAUAUUUGAAAGUACUAGGAGUUGAUGCUGAUCAACAUCCAAUCAAAAAAGAAUUAAAUAGAGUUCAAAGUUAUAUGGCAAGAUAUAAUCAAUUAAAUAAUCAAACAAAAAUUGAAGAGAAAUCGAAUAGUAGUCCUUCAGAAAGCACAAAGGAAUAUUUACAAAAGACUUUAGGUAUUAAGAAUGGUAAUGAAAAUACUGUGGUUAAUAAUGGAACUGCUAUAAGUACACAAAAUUUUAGUGGUAAACAUACUAAAUUUGAAGAUGAUAAAAUUGAAAGUGAUGAUGAGAAAGAUAUAAAUCGAGAAGUAAAUAAUAAUACAACUAAACUUAAGACCAAAAAACCUAGUCUGUUGCCUAAUAAACCAUCAAAAGGUAAAGUCACUAAACCUGUUACGAAUAAGAAAAACAAAACUAACAAAUUUCAAAAAAAGAACAAAUGA